GUUAGUGCGAAGAAGCGAUGGAGAAUUAUACACACUACCUGAAUUGUUCUUCCCCAACGUGGGUUUUAUGGUUAAGUGUCGUGUGUUGACUUGGGUGGAAACGAACACGUUAAUGUUUUGAUCGUUUUGAAAAUGGGUGACGCUCGUGUGCAUCGGGUUAGAUUUUAUAAUGUCGAGCCAAAGGCCAUUCAUUGUAUGGCAUACGAUCCAGAUCAUCGAAAAUUAGCACUUUCCAGGGCUGAUAGUUCAGUUGAGGUGUGGAAUAUUCGCAACACAGCAUUUUUAGAGAGGACUAUACCUGGCCGUCCUCAGGGUUCUGUGGAAGCAUUGGCAUGGUGUCAUAAUCGCCUUUUCAGCACGGGUAUUCAUGCAAGAGUUGUGGAACAUAAUUUAAAGACUCUAACAGCAAAGUACUCAGUGUCAGUCACAGCUGGUCCAGCUUGGUGUCUUGGUGUUAACCGACAGAAAACUUGCCUUGCAGUCGGCACUGAAGAUGGUUAUAUCAAUAUUUUUAGUAUAACAAGUGACAAUUUACAGUAUGAGAAGAUCUUAGAUAAGCAAGAAGGACGAAUAUUGUGUUUGGCAUGGGAUUCUACUGGAGACUUUAUUGCUACUGGAUCCAUUGACGCUGUAAGAAUAUGGAAUGUACACUCUGGUCAUGCCAUGCACAAAAUGGCUACUGGCCGUAAUGAAGCCAAAAAGGAAACAAUUGUUUGGUGCAUAGCUAUAACAGACGACUUCACUGUAAUUAGUGGCGACUCCAGAGGCAAAGUAACUUUUUGGAAUGGUCACACUGGAAUUAAUACUGAGACUUACCAAUGCCAUGAAGCUGAUGUCUUAUGUCUAGCUCUGUCUGAGGAUCAAGGAACAGUUUAUUGUUCCGGUGUUGACCCAUUGAUUGCUACUUUUACUAGGAUCUCUAUCCGUAGCUCUGGGGUACAAAAUGGGAUUACAGGAGCGUUAGGAGCCUCUAAAGCAGUAUCACAACGCACUCAGUGGUGUAGAUCUGCCAAUCGGCGAAUCCAUGAACAUGAUGUUCGUGCCAUGGCAAUCUGUCAUGAUAAAUUGUGUUCUGGAGGCAUUGACUCAUAUUUAGCUGUCAGCAGACCUCCAAAGGUAUUGGUAAAGCACCCUCCAAUUCCUCAGGCUCCAUGUGUCGUUGUGUCACCGCAAUCAAGGUGUUUAUUGCUAAGAUAUACCUCAUCUCUAGAAAUAUGGAAACUAGGUGGCACUGAAAAAAUUCAGAAAAACCAUUAUGAGAAUGGGUUUAAAAAUAAGCAAAGGCGUCACUCAGGAAGCGAAGGAACAAAUGGAUUCCCCAAUGAUUCUUCAUUAGUAAAAGGAAGGCACGGAAAAAAUCAAAACUCUGGAAGUAAUUCUGAAUCCCUCCAGCUAACCCAAAAUCCAAUUAAAUUAUUGGAGCUAAGGAGCCGUCAUGAUGAGCACAUUGUUUCAGCAGCUUUGUCAAGUGAUUCAAGAUGGCUAGUGUACUCUACAGAAUCUUUACUUCGGAUUUAUUCAUUAAAUCAAGUGGAUGACAAACCUCAACUAGAAAAAAUUUCAUUACUUCCUGAGCAAUGUGUACCUGCCCACCUUUUGAAAUUUUCUUCAGAUAGUUCUAGUCUGUUUCUUGUGACACAAGAAGGACAGAUUUCAGUUUUCAAUCUGACCUUGAAUGAACCAUCUGUGACACUUCAGCAUACCAUUGAUACAUCCAAGGUGUUGAAAGAUACUGUUCACCUCUUAGCAGUAUCUGGAGAUAAAAAAUUCACAAUAGCUGGAGAUCAUAUGAGUAACAUUGCUGUUUGGAAAGAGAAGGAGUUCUACUGCUCACUCCCACACUACAAUUGUGCUCCAUCGGCACUUACAAUAAGCUCUUGCGCUACUUACCUAAUUGUGGUGUAUGUGGACAAUAAGAUAGUUGAAUAUAACUUGCAAGAAAAGAAGUAUACACCAUUUUCAAGAAAACUUGACAAACAGCAUCCUAAGCAAUGGUUGUCUCGAAACUUUCCCAUCAUCAAUGUUACUUAUGAUCCAAGAGAUAGUCAAAAAUUAAUCUUGCAUGAUGAUAACACUAUAUGUGUGAUUAAUAAGCGGAAGGAGUUGGCACCGGCCGAGGCCAAGAUACCGCGCCUGGACCCUCCGCUGAAGACGGACGAGGCUGAGCAGCGUGCGCACCCCGGAACCAGCAGCCCUGAGCACGCCUUCCACGUCAUCAAGCGCUACAAGCACCUGGUGUAUUUCGGCUGGCUCUCCGGGGACGAGGUGGUGGCCGUGGAGGUGAGCCCGCUCCGACUGCUCAAGCAACUCCCGCCCGCGCUGCACAAGAAGCGUUUCGGCAUGUGAGGCUCGAGGCUCGUAUUGCGACCGCAAAAUAAGAGGAAUCAUGACGAGAAAAUAAAUACAGACGUAAAUGA